AUGGCAGAUCUAUAUUUUUCACCAAGUUCAUUGUGCAAUACUUUCAUAAUAGCCAAACACGUAUCAAGACCAAUAAAAUCAGCUAAUGUUAAAGGUCCCAUAGGUGUAUUAGUACCAAGUUUCAUGUGUUUAGAAAUCAAUAAAUCGGAAAACAUGACUCGUUUAUUUAAUUCUAUGAUAUCUCAGAUUAGCUAUCAUAUGAAUAAAUGCUAUACCGCAAAUGGUGUUGGUCUCUUUAGGUCAUGCUUUCAUUCUUCUGCUGUUACUCAAGUAAAACAAUUAGGAAUUAUUGGAGCCGGUCAAAUGGGGAUAGGCAUUGCUCUGGUUGGAGCAAAAGUUGCACAAUUACCGGUUAAAAUUUUGGAUACAAACCCUAAACAGAUCGAAAAAGGGUUGAAAUUAGUGGAUGAAUUGAUUAGCAAGGACGUUUCUAAAAAUCGUAUUACGGUUGAAGAAGGAUCUUUUGUAAAAAAGCGGAUCACAACUGUAACAGAUAUUUCCGAAUUGUCAGAUGUUGAUUUUAUUAUCGAAGCAGUUUCUGGGAAUAUUGAUUUAAAAAGAAAAAUAUUUGAAGAUUUGGAUAAUGUUUUAAAUAAGGAAUCAAUUUUAGCUACAAAUACUAGUAGUAUUAGUAUCACAAAGAUUGCUGCUGCUACGAAAAGGCCUGAAAAGUCUCAAGAUGUUCCAGGGUUCAUCGCUAAUAGAUUGUUGAUGCCUUAUAUUAAUGAAGCUAUAAUUGUUCUUGAACAG